GCGAGCGGUCGACCUGUUGCCGAGCUGUUGGAUAUCACCUCCCUCACCCCCCCCCCACGAUCAUGAAUGGCUACAAUAUCUACAUCGAUAUCGGUGCGGGCCGGCCGGCCCUGUCGGGCUGCCUGAGCCAGCCCGACCUGCUGCUGUCACGGGGUCCCGACGAGCUACUGGGGGAGCUGCGUGCCACGCGCGACGAGCUGGCGCGGCGCCUGCGGUGCGCACAGCGGCUCGACGCCGAGAGGGUCACCGCCCUCGCCGCCCUCGCCAUCGUGCUGCAGCACCUCGCCGCCAAGAAUGAGAAAUCAUCUGGAAAGUUGACUGAUCUUAAUUUGGAUCUCAAAAGUGUCCAGCAACAGCUCGCGAUCUACGUGGAGCGCUGCACGCGGCUGGAGCAGGAGAAGGAGGCGGCGGAGCGAGACGCCGUCGCGGCUCUCGCCGUGGCCGAGAGGAGGCACGCCGAGGCCCUGUCGAACCUCGAGGCCACGCUCAGGCAGCAGUUCGACGGGGAAUUGGAGCAGCUGCAGCAGACCCACGAGCAAGAGCUGGAUGCGAGGGUGGCGCAGCAAAAGAAAGAGGUCAUGUCUGAGAUUGAGAUGGAGACGGUGACUGCCAUGAAAGAAGACCUGGAGAGGAGCAUCAAUGAGCUGAACCAGUCUUUUGAAAGUGAACGGACGUCGAUGCAGAACAAGUUUGAACGUGAGAAAUCCUGCUUGGAGGAGACGGUGAAGACGCUGACUGUGCAGAUCAAGACUCAGAAAGAAGAAAUCUCCAGCAUAGGGAAGCUCUUGAAAAAUACUUCUGCCAGCAAGGAGGGCUCGCCGCAGUCUCCCGCGUCGUCUCCGCACAUGGAGGACGAGCUGAACAGCCUGAAGGCCGUGGUGGACAUCCGCACCCAGCAGAUCCACACGCUGGAGCGCCGCAUACUCACGCUGCAGCAGGAGGCCGAUGCCAAACGGAUUGUGGAGGAGAAGCUGCAGGUGCUGCAGCAGCAAAACGAGGACAUGAAGGCUCGCAUGGACAAGAGCAUGGAAGUCACGAGGCAACUGUCGUCAGAGCAGACGGCUCUGCAGGCGUCCCUCCAGCGCGAGGCUAAAGCCAAGCAGCGUCUCUCCAUGGAGAAGGAACAGCUCAUGUGGAAGCUGCAGAACGGCAGCUCCCCGGGCGUGUCUCCCUCCUCGCCACCGUCCACCUCCCCCACGUUCUUCUCCUUCCAGUCCAACAACACCGCUCAAUUCUUCUCCACGCCGCGGUAGCGCGCGGCGGGGGGGGGGGGGGGCUCUUGCCCAAUCCGACCCCUGGGGUGCCAAGACCAGAGCCCAGCCGCUUGCCGUUGGGUAAACAACAAUAAAUGCAUCUCCUGCCUUCUGCCCACGUGUUCCCCAGCCGGCGUCGGACUCGAAUCAGUCCGUGGAUGUUCAUUCCGUCACGACGGUGUUAGGCGUUGUCCUUGCAGAAGCUGUCGGAUUCUAACCUGAGCUUGAGAAACUAUUUUUUUACUUGGACAAAUCUACAUAUUCGAUGGCUCCGAUCUACUGAUGCUCAUUUGCUUUGCUGGGAAGCAUGCUCUGUCUUCCGUUAGGCCGUUGAUGAUCAACCCAUAUGCCCGAUUAGAUUGUCUCUCCAUGGAAAGCUAAUGGGCCGACACUGCCUCCUCUUCUUGAUGAUUACCGAGACCUACAGAAGAAUGCACACGUGCUUGUGACCAUAAGUAAACUCAGCAUCGUUUAUUUCGUGAGACUUUUUUCACUUGGCAAACUUUAUGCGCAUCCUGUGAUUUUGCGUGCGGUGUUAUGUAGGCUUGCGUACUGGGAAAACGUUUCUCGCCGCUAGCUUGAAGGGCCGCGUUGCUUUCGCGUGUCGUUAUCCCGUGAAAAGCCCACUUGGCAAAAACAAUUCACGUUCUUCGACACCCCAGGUGCCUUCAAACGUGUGGGUCUGUAAUGUAAACCUCAAGCCAAUUAAUAUGGACUUCCUACGGCUUUAGCCAGCAGGGAGAAUAGACGAGAAGGUUUUUUUUAAAGUCUUGUCCAGAGCAUCCCCAGUCCCUGCUAAUCCAGUGCAAGCACUGUAUAUUCAAUUACACUGAAUAAGCGUUGGAACGGUAUUCCAGCAGCCAAGUGGCGUCAUGCCUUAAACACGUGGCCCGUAUCGAUUUCCACGUGCCCAGGCCUCGUGGCGAAGGAGCUAACGGGGUGGCACACAUCGGCUGAACGCGGUGCCCCAAUGCAAAAAAAACCCGCCUGGUGUACGGUGAAAUACCUUCCGCUCCUCGCCUUGCCGCUCCCCAACCCUUGACGUAAUGCAAAUUGACACCAAAUGAAAGUCGGCAAUGCCCCCCCCCCUCUCUGGCAUGGACCUACGUCGGGUGAUGGACAUCAGAAAUAUUGCUGUGGUCCGUUCCACGGUGGAACAUUGUUGAUGCAUUCACCACAUGUAAUGGGCAUUUACUAAGUAAGGCAUUUGUUUUUAAAGUUUUCAAUGUCCGUGCACGCGCGCACACAAAGCGUAUCCAAAUUACAAUUAGCGUUCUUACAGUGAGCACACGAAGGUGGCUGAGAACAUGAUAUCGUGAAAUUGGAAGUUACCGUUCCGUGUUAAUAGAGCUUGCAGUCAGGUUUCUUCCGAAUGGCACACUCAGCCACUUAAGAAACUGGUCCUUAAGUGAUAACUACGGGCUUCCUAGCCAUUACAUAAUUUGCCCACAAGAUACGUCGAAUAAUAAACCAUCUUAUCAUUAUAUAACGCAAUAGAUUUACACCCGCAUAGAGCAAGUGGGACGGCGGGGGGGGGGGGGUAAACACCCAUUGCCUCCUUAAGACCACCAACACAUUGUGCAGCUGUUGUUCCAUGUGGCCGGCAACACACACAAAACGGAAGCUUGACACCGACACAUUUAAUUGCAAAAAAACGUCAUUGCUGUUUCUUGCUCGGUAAACUGAGAAAUGGUGCAGGUGGUUGGUGAGCUCCUGUAGCGAUUGUUGCCGCUAGCCUCGUUCGCUGUCUGUCUUCCGACCCGCUUGACAAAUGCCUUGCAAACGUUCCGUCUUUGCUGGGUUUGCAAAAUUGUUUCAACGUUGUGGCUUUUUUUUACUUGUGUGAUUUUUGUAAAUAUAUAAAGUAAUAAAAUAAAUAUAAGUCUUACGACAAAUGCAUGACAUUGCCUUAAUGUAAAUGACUCGCUUUGCGAGACUCUGCAAAAGGGAGUAGAAACAUGUCCGUCAAUUGUUGUGGAGUCCGAUACGACGACCUGUGUAUGAAACCCCAAGUGUCUACAUGGGUUUUGCACGUAGGCUUUUGCGGCCAAUAUUAUCCAGUAAAGAGGUUUCUUUGGGUUGGAUCGUGUCAAUAUAAAUGUCGUUAAACCCACCAUCACCCAAACAGCCAAUUGGUAAGGUUUAUUACGUAAACAAAACGUGCCAAUUCGUUACUAGUCGAGCACGAUCGAACCAAAAAAACCUCACGUCUCCAUAGGUCCUCGUGCACACUUGUGUGCGAUGUUGCAUCUACAGUGGUCCAGAUGUCAUGACCCCCACCCCCCCUUUAAUUCUCCAACUUAUGUUUCUAAAUGGGGGGCGGGGGGUUCACAAGACAUCUGGACCACCCUGUACAAUUUCAUUCGUGUUACCUGCUAAGCUGCUAUACCGCUACUCGUGGUGUGUCAAAGUGACGAGAAAUUAUAAAUUCAUUGGCGUCCAGGAUCCCUGUGACCGAAUUGGGGUGAAGGGGGGAGCCAUGUGAUUUGGCAACAUCAGAGCGUGUUCUGUGUGGUUUCUUGGAAUGCUUUGCGAGUGAAUGUUUGGAAAAUAUUUUCGUAAUUGAUGCUUUAAGCAGUGAAGAAAUGGGCCCUCUACGUCAAUCGCAAGCCAGUGUGGACCACUGAUGCUUCAUUGUCGGUUAGAUUUGGCAGUGUUGUGUGUCUGCAAACAGGUUUUUUUUUGCACAGUUUAAUUUCCCAAAAUAAUAAAUCGAUCAGUUCCUCGCUAUUUCAUGAUCAUUUUGGAGCAUCUGCCUGCGUGUGGUUCUGGGAACAAGGUGUCAUCCCAAUGUUCCACAGCCCAUGAGUAGUGCUCUUGGGUUUUUGCGUUCGUGAGACGCUAACAAUGACGGAAAACCCGAGAUUUUAAGCUACAAGGAAACACUUGCUGUCAAAGUGCAAAUGAAUAACACACCUUAAUCGAAUGUUUCCAUUAAUUUACAAAUCACAAUUAAGUCAGCGGUUGGGUUAGUAACGUGUGCUUUUCUCGUCACAGGUUUUUACGGUGUUUGCUGUUUGUAAGCAAAAAUGUGUUUUUCCGCAUCUGUGGACUGCUGUCUGAAUACUCACAAAGAAAUCGUCGGCACGUUUUGCCAUUUAUCGCCGCACCGGUGCGCACUAAUCACGGCGUGUUCACGUCUCUGCGCGGAUGUCCGAGCGUUUCCGCGCACACGACGUGCGUUUUACAAUUUCUCAUCUGACACACUCCGCAGGCUGCUGCUCCCGAUGUAAAGGAAAAUCAUCGUUUCAGAGCAGAGUUCUACACGACUCGCUCGCUCGCUCACUGUUCAUCGUUUGCUGGCCCUAGAAGGCCUAUUCACACUUGCCCCACGUUGCACUGAUGCUGAAUGCAGUAUUGUUCAAUGGUGUUUGUUUUUGUUUGGGAUUUGGAUGAAGGUUGGGAGGCACCGUUUAUGAAGCGAUUGCCCGUCAUGGGGACCGGGGGUUGUUUACUAAGCACUUAGCGCUGAACAUUGUUGUUUAUACGCUGUUACAAAUAAUAAAUAUGUGAACUGAA